AUUCCAUAGUAACAGCAACAACAAGAACUGGCUCCGUCGCACAAGAAAACACACACCCACGCCCCCAAACCACCUGUUUGUGUGAUUCUCUGUUCCUUUUUUUUUCUCCUUCAGCCUCCCUUCCGAGUUGGCAACUUGGUUGGAAAGUCUUUUUCGUAUUUUGCUGGUCUAAGUCUGUUUGCGGGUCAGCCCUUUACGGGUCUUCCUCGUGUUAAUUAUUAACAAGCAACUCAUUUCACACACACCAACCUUUCCUUACUCAGAACUAAGUUCUGGAGUACUGGAAUUCAACUAUACUCAAGUCUUGAGCUUUUCUCCCUGCUACAGAUUCGCAAUAUUUCUUCAUUUCAUUUAUUGGCUAUAUCACUAUCUUCAUUUUGCUGAGAGUAUACAAAGACUGGUUUCUUGAAUGCUUGGCUGAGGUGAUCGGAUUUUCUUUCUCUCCUCAACUUGCUACCUAAGGUGCAUCUGGGGAAUGGAUGCUUCUGAAAGAGAUGAGAUACCUAUGCUAUCAGCCACAUACUUCCAAGCAGAUGAUCCUAAUGACUCCACAAGCAGGAGUUUUUCGACGAGGACUAGGAGUGCAUCAAUGUCUAUCCCUAUGACCUCUCUGGAUUCCUCUGGAACUGAGCACAACCUCGUGGGUUUCACUGGUCCAUUGAGAAAUGAAAGGCGUUCAACUACCUUUGUACAGAUGAGUGGUCCUUUAUAUGUUAAACACAACCAUGAGUUCAUCUUUCAGCGUCCUGAAGAUGCUUUACAGAAAAAAACUCCUGAGCCCAAAAUAGAAAGAUAUCCUUCAAUUGAUCGGGCAGAAAAUAAUGAUUGGCCAUUGAGCGACUAUGCGGGCAAAAAUGAACAUCUUUUGAAGUCUGGGCAACUGGGAAUGUGCAAUGAUCCAUACUGCACGACUUGCCCAACAUAUUACGAUGUUAAGGGACGCCAGAAACAUGCAAGAACAUCUGAGAUAUUUGAUGCGAAGUUUCAUAAUAUGCUUUACGGAGAUGCAAAAGGUUGGGCAAAGAGAAUGUUUUCUUUUAUGCUUCCUUAUAUCCCUGGAGUUAUGAACCCUCACGCAAAAGUUGUUCAAAAAUGGAACAAGUUCUUCGUGAUUUCUUGCAUUUUUGCCGUAAUUAUAGACCCUUUGUUCUUCUUUCUGCUAAAUGUGCAGCAGGAUAACAAGUGCAUAGUAUUAAAUUGGCCCUUGACAACAACACUUGUCGUUUUGCGGAGCAUGACAGACUUCAUUUACGUAUUCCAUAUUCUCCUUCAGUUCAGGCUGGCUUAUGUUGCUCCUGAAUCUACAGUUACGGGAGCUGGAGAUUUAGUUGAUGACCCUAAAGAGAUUGCUCGGCAUUAUUUUUUUGGAUAUUUUAUCCUUGAUUUCUUUAUUGUACUGCCCCUGCCACAGAUUAUCAUAUUAAUGAUCUUACCAGAUUCCAUGGGAGCAUCUGGUGCCAAUUAUGCAAAAAAUCUUCUACAGGCAGCCAUUCUUAUUCAGUAUAUUCCUAGGCUGUGCAGAUUCUUACCUUUGGUUGCUGGUUUUUCUCCAACUGGCUUCAUUUUCGAGUCGUCAUGGUCAAAUUUUUUUGUAAAUCUCUUCACCUUUGUUUUGGCUGGCCAUGUGGUGGGCUCAUGCUGGUAUCUCUUUGGCCUGCAGAGAGUCAAUCAUUGCUUUCGAGAUGCCUGUCGCAACAGCAACAUUACAAUGUGUAUGGAAUUCAUUGACUGUGGGCAUGGAAACUAUUAUGGGGAGUUUGAGAAAUAUCCAGCAUGGAAGCUCUGGAAGAGCAAUGAGAAUGCAACAGCUUGUUUCAAGAAAGAUGGUUUCGAUUUUGGAAUUUAUGAAACUGCUGUCAAUCUGACCACUCGCAGAAGUUUAGUGACGAAAUACGUGUACUCAUUCUUUUGGGGAUUCCAGCAAAUUAGUACUCUGGCUGGGAAUCAAGUUCCAAGCUAUUUUGUGUAUGAAGUUCUUUUCACGAUGGCCAUCAUAGGUAUUGGUCUACUGCUUUUUGCUCUGCUCAUCGGAAAUAUGCAGAAUUUUCUCCAGGCUCUCGGACGCAGGAGGCUAGAAAUGUCUUUGAGACGCCGUGAUGUUGAGCAGUGGAUGAGCCAUCGUCGCUUGCCUGAACAACUAAGAAGGCAAGUUCGAGACUCAGAACGCUUUAAUUGGGCGGCCACUAGAGGAGUAAACGAGGAAAUGUUAAUGGAGAAUUUACCAGAAGACCUUCAACGAGAUAUAAGGCGUCAUCUCUUUAAAUUCGUCAAGAAAGUCCGAAUUUUUCAGCUGUUGGAUGAACCUAUCAUGGAUGCUAUAUGCGAGAGGCUGCGAACAAAAACAUACAUCAAAGGCAGUAAAAUCUUAUUCCGUGGCGGUCUUGUUGAUAAGAUGGUAUUUAUAAUUCGAGGAAAGAUGGAAAGCAUUGGGGAAGAUAUGAUUGUUGUUCCCUUGUCCGAAGGGGAUGCUUGUGGAGAAGAACUCCUCACCUGGUGCCUUGAACAUUCUUCCAUAAAUAAAGAUGGAAAAAGAAUCAGGAUUCCGGGACACAGAUUGCUGAGCAACAGACUGGUUAGAUGUGUAACAAACGUCGAGGCCUUUGUUCUGCGAGCUGUGGAUCUUGAAGAAGUGACAAGUCUUUUUGCAAGAUUCUUGAGAAGUCCGCGCGUUCAAGGCGCCAUAAGGUAUGAAUCGCCUUACUGGCGAGGAAUUGCAGCUAGACGAAUUCAAGUUGCAUGGAGAUACAGGAAGAAGCGAAUGGGGCGUGCCGAUUCCUCAAGCCCACCACAUAACUAGUCGUCUUGAAGCCGGAAAAUGUCGACUUUAGUACGUAUAUGUGCAAUUUUUUUGUAACAGUACAUACUUCUGGAAGUCUCAGCCUCACUGCAAUAGCCCUCGUAUAUAUUCGAUCAGCAGAUAUAUAUAUAUUUGCACGACGUUGUGGCUGUUUCUUAACACUUUUUACCAUAUUAAUGUACAUGAAAUUCAUAGAGCAAAGUUAAAGUGGGAGAUCAAGAAGAAGAAAAGCUACCUUUUGGCUUUGCAUAAGCUGUUGCAUGAAACUUUUCUUGGCAGGGCUGUAUUGGUAAUUGAGUUCAUAUUUCCUCU